AUGCCGGCGGCCGAGGAGAGCACGGACGCCGGCAGUGGCGGCGGCCCUACCAUCGCCGCCAUACAGGUCGAGGUCGAGGACAUGGAGGCGCAGGACUUCGAGGCUUUGCUCCGCUACAUGUACACCGACUCGUUGCCGGAGAUGGGCGAACAAGGGGAGGCCGCGGCGAUGCUCCCGGACCUGGUGGCGGCAGCGAACAGGUACGGGAUGGAGAAGCUGAGGCUGCUAUGUGAAGACAGGCUGCGCGAGCUCAUGGAUGCGAGGACCGUGGCGGUGAUCCUCGCCUUCGCCGGUGAGCACCAUUGCCAUGCGCUUAUGGAGGCAUGCUUGCGAUUCCUCGGUGAUCAGGAAAAUCUAAGACAGGUCGUCAAGACCAACGGCCUCGAGCAUCUGAGCAAGAGCUGCCCCUCUGUUCCGGUGGACCUGAUCGCCAAGCUUGCUGCAGAGUAG